AUGAGAAUGGAAUAUCAUGAAAAGAGCAAUUACUUUAUGAAUAUAAAACAGCAUUUUUGCUUUAUUAAAAAAAAAAAUAAUUCAAAUGUUAAUGUGGAAAAUGAACAUGUAGAAAAGUUUAUUUCGAAUGAUGAUGAACAUUCAACGAAUAGCGAAAAUGAAGAAGAUAUCGAAUCAGUAAAAAAAGGAGGAAAUAACGAAAGUAUAGAUAAUCAAAUGAUCAAUGGCAAUAGGACUAGUAGUAGUGAGGAUGUCAGAAACAUUAGGUCUAACCAUAGGGAUGAAAACUUGAACAAGGAAAAUAAUAAUAAUUUAAACAACAAAUUAAAGAAAAAUUUGAGUACAUACGCGGAAAUUAACAGUAAAAGUUUGAGUAGCAAUUAUAGUAAUAGCAGGAAUAGUAAUAAUAAUAAUAAUAAUAAUAAUAAUAAUAAUAAUAAUAAUAAUAAUAAUAAUAAUAAUAAUAAUAAUAAGAAUAAGAAUAAUAAUAAUAAGAAUAAGAUAACUGCUAGUAGUAAUAAUAAUGAGAAUGAUGAUUAUUCGAAGCCCUUACCAAGUAGCAAAACAUACAAUAAUGGUAAAAUAAAUAGUAUCUGCGCAUCUAAUCUUUGUUUAACUCAAAGGAACACGAAAAAUAAGUUUGAAUACAUAGAUAAUAUACAUAGCAAUAUCGAACGAAAGGACUUGAACUGUAAUGAUGAUAAUAAUUUACCUUAUAUAGUAGAAAAAGAAGUAAAUGAUAAAAGUUUAAGGAAUCAGGAAAAUGGUUCUAAAUCAACAAUUUUAUCAACGAAUUCAGUAUAUAAUUCAAGUGCGAAUAAUAUAGAAGAACAAGAAACUUUAAAACAAUCUAACGAAAUAGCACAAAAGGAACAUGUGCAUGUAAAUAAUGAAGAACGUCAAGAUGAUAAUAAAAAUAGGAGUCAUAUUUGCACGAAAAUGGUAAGAAACAAUUCAAAUAAAAUAAAAAGCGAUAAUGCUUUAUGUAAAAAUGUUUAUGACACAAAUAAUACAAGUAGCAAUGAAUUAAAUAAAAACUUCAAAUCUGUCCCUAACGUAAGUAGCGUAACGCGUAUGACAAAAAGUAGCAAUAUGGAAAAUAUCUCGAAUAUAAAAAAUUGUAACGCCAUAUAUGUUAAUAGUACUAGCUCAUUGACUGGUAUUGACCCUAUAAUAGUUAAUCAUAAAAUGGAUGUCAAUAAAAAUGCAACUAACAAUGUGAAGGCCGCAAAUAACGAUGAAUUAUCUGAUGAAAGAAAAUUAGUAAAUAUUAAUUCUAAUGCUAGUUGUUACAAACAGAAUGAUAAAAAUAACAAUAAUAAAGGAAGCACAAGUAAUAAGGGAUCUGGAAAUAAUAAAGGUGGUAACCGUAACAGUAGUAGUAAUGUAAAGAACAACGGAAACAGUAAUGCAGGUGGAAAUAGUACGAAUUGGGGAGGUAGCAGUGGGGGUAACAACGGGGGUAACAGUGGGGGUAACAAUGAUGAUGACAAAGAUGGUUGCAAUGAUGAUGUGAAGGAUAGCAAUAAUGAGGAUGAAAAUAAUGAAAAGAAAGAAAACAACAAAAGGAACAAUAGAGGAGUUCAUAAAAAUAAAAAUGCAAAUGAGGGGGGAAAUGACGAAGCGAGUAAGGAUAGUAAUAACAAUAAUAAUAAUAGCAAUAAUAAUAGUAAUAAUAAUAAUAGUAAUAAUAAUAAUAGCAAUAAUAAUAGUAGUAAUAAUAAUAGUAGUAAUAAUAAUAGUAGUAAUAAUAAUAGUAGUAAUAAUAAUAGUAGUAAUAAUAAUAGUAGUAAUAUGAGUAGAGGUGAUAGGAAGAAGAAAUACGUAAAAGACAGUAUCCAUAAAAGCAAAUAUAAUAGAAGCAUUAGUAACAGUAUGAAUAAUGUUUCUAUUGCAGACUUAUGUAACAUUAGUAACGUUGGCAAUGUUAACAAUUCCAGUAACACUAAUAACAUUUGUAAUAGUAACGACUGUGCAUAUUUCAGCAGUGGUAAUGAAAAUAACUUAAAUAAUAAGGGCCCCGGGGUGGUAAACCUCUCAGGAAAGAUUAAGAAGGGAACGAAUUACAACAGUAUAAGUUCAACAAAUAAAAUGAAUGAGUUAUGUAAUAACAUUGGUAGUAAAAUGUAUGUCGAUUCAGUUAAUAGUUAUGAUAACAAUGAUAACAUUAUUAACGUAGAUGAAAGUAUGAAUAGCUAUAAUGCAAAUAAGGUAGAUUUGAAAAUGUGUAACAGUAUAAGCGGAAUGUAUAAUAUGUGCAGUAUGAACAAUAUGGGCAUUGUGGGUAAUAUGAACAUUUUGAAUGGUGUGAACAAUCCGAAUGACUUAAACAGCAUGAAUAGCAUCGGAAACAUAAGUAACUUGAAUAACUUUGAUGAUACAAAUAGUAACGUUAAUAAUUUUUUUAGUAUAAAUAAUAAUGAAUUUUUAAAUAUGUGCAACAAUAAUUUUCAUUUGAAUAAUGGUGUAAACAUAGAAAAUAUAAGUGCAAAAUUUAUUCAAAUGGAAAACGUAAAUAAUACAAGUGCAUUGAACAGUAGCAACAAUAAUUCUUUUAAUCCUAAUAAUAUCAUUUAUGAAACUAGCUAUACGGAACAAAGUAUGAAAGGCCGUAUACAUUUAAACAAUAUGAAGGAGCAUUAUAUAAAUUAUAACAGCAAUAACCAUAUGCCUCAUAAUAAUGAUGUCUUUUAUAAUGUGCAUAAAGAAAAAAUGUAUUUAAAUAAUAGCAAUAAUGGUAACAAAUUUCAUGAAGAUAAGAAAAAUAAUGACCUUUUUUUUAAUAGAAAUAGUAGUAGUAGUAUGCAUGAAAAUUAUGAAGACAAAAUAUUGCAAAAUAAUUAUGAAAAAAUGAAUUUAAAUGAUAUGAAUAAGACGACAAAUGAAAAUAUUAGCAAUAUAUCGAAAAAUUAUUGGACUUAUAAUAAAGAUAAUAUAAAAAAAGAUACAGACAGCAAAAUGAAUAUAAACCUAAAAGAUAAUAUAGAAAAUGAUAAAGAAGUAAAUCAUAAUUUAGAAGACAGUUUAAAUUAUAAUGAAGCUAGCACAUUAAAUUUAUUAAACAUUGCAUUUAAUGAAAUUUUUAGAGAUAAAAAAUAUUUAAUAGAACAGGUUAUUACAAAAAAAUUUAUGAAUAAACUCGCCAUAUUUUUGAAAGAUGUUAAUAUGGAUAAUAUAAAAAUAAAAGGAAGGCAGAUAAAAAAGUUGAUACAGAAUGAAAAAAAUUCUAUUAAACAGGAGAGAAAAACAAACAGAGAAAGAAAAGAUGAUACAACAACUCCCAUACAUGGGAACAGCGACAUCAAUUUAAAUAAUGAAAUGCAUGAUCAAAUGGUAAAGGGAAGCAGUGACAAGGUGAUGAAUCACACACAUGAUGAAAAAAACGUUGAAGAUGCUAAUAACAAAGAGAGGAAGAAAAGUGUGCACAAUAAUGCUACUAUAGACGAAGGAAACAAAGUGGUUGCUGCGGAUGACACAACCAAUGUAACUGAAGCUAAGAAGGAAAAGGAACAGGAGCAAAAAAAGAAGAAAAAAAAUAAAAAAGGUGAAAAAGGCACCAGUUUGAAUGAAGUCAUAUCAAAUGACGUAAAUAAUGGGAAGGAUACGAACGAUUUAGAAAACAAACAACAGUUUGAAGAAAAAAAAAUAGAUGGAAAUAAUCAAAAUAUGCAAGGUGAAUUAAAAGAACAAAAUAAAAGUAACGAUAACUCAUGCACACAAAAUGCCAGAAAUUAUGCUGUUAAUGAAAAACAGGGGAAAAAUGCAAAAAAAAAUAAUGAUGACUUAAUGGAUGAAGGUGUUAAUGACAAAAAAAAAAAAAAACAUUUAAAAGAAAGUGAUAAUAAAAAAGGAAAUGCAGAAUGUAAAAAAAAUGCUUGCAGUAAUGAUGACGUAGCUAUGAAAAAUGAAUCUCCCGUUGAUAAUAUGAAGGUAGAAGAGGAAGAAAUUAAUGGGGAAGAAGAUAUAAGGCAUGAAAAAAUAAAAGAAGAAAUAAUCGAUAAUGGUAAAAGAAGCAAUGGAGAGAAACUUAAUGAUGACGAAAAGUUAGAUGAAAAUUCUUAUUUGAGUGAAAGUUCAUAUGACUAUUUAAAUGAAGAUAUUAGUGAGGAUGACAAAAACGAUGAGAAUAAAUACAUCACUGGUAUUAACGAUAGGUAUGAAGAAAUAAAAAUUGAGAACGAUGUAAUUAUUAGAAGAGAUAUUUUUUUCUUUAAUUUGUUGAAAAUUAUUAUUAAAAAGAAGACAUCAGAAGAUAUGUUAAUAUAUUUACAUUUGUUAAAUGCAAUAAAAAUUGAAAAAAUUUUUGAUUAUUUAAUACAAUUAUCAUGUGAUAUUUUUAAUACCUUAUUAAACAUUAUAGACAUAACAAAAGAUUCUUCUACAUAUCGAUUGUUACUGAAAAAUUUGGGAGCAUGGAUAGGCAUAAUAACAAUUGGUAGAAACAAACCAUUAAUGUCAAAACAUAUGAACAUUAAGCAGUUAAUUUUAUAUUCAUAUGAUAAUGGCUAUUUAAUUGUUACCUUUCCAGCUGUAUGUAAAAUUUUAGAGAGUAUUAAAAAUUCAAAAAUUUUUAGGCCUCCAAAUCCUUGGACUGUUGGUAUAUUAAAUUUAUUGGGUGAAUUACAUGAGGCACAGUCAUUGAAAACUAUUUUAAUUUUUGAAAUAGAAUUGUUGUUUAACUACUUUAAAAUCAAUGUGUUUGAUUAUUACAAUAAAUGUAAUAUUAUUAAGUGUCGUGCUUUGCCGAUUAAUUCAAAUGAUUUAUUUGUUCGAAAUAAUUUCAAUGAAAAUGCUACAAUGAAUAUAAACAAUUUAUAUGAAAAUAAUUCGAACAAUUCAAUCAACGCUAUCAAUUUUGUUAAUGAAAAUCAACUACAUUUAUAUAAUAACAAAUCGUAUAAUACAUGUGCAAACUGUUAUAGUGAAAAUUUUAUGAAUAGCAAUAUUUAUGAUAAGGCUAAUAAAGGAAUGGAAAUAUUAACAGAUGUAGCUAGUGAUGUUCUGAUAAAUAAAGAAGCGAGAUUUAGCAUGAUGAACAACUACGUCACUACGUCUACCAAUGCAGUUGCAGCUACAAGUGCGUCUGCCACAGGGAAUAGUAAUAAUAACAAUAUGAAUGUGAAUUUGAAUCAUAUUAAUUUUAAUAAUAAUAGCAACAAUACUAACAGAAGCAGUAAUAUCAACAGUAACAACAACAAUAACAGUAUCAGUGUUAAUAAUAAUAGCAGCAACUACGAGUUUUUAAGUUUUAAAAACUUAAGCGCAAAUUUAUUAAAUAAAAGUAGAAAAAAUGAAGAAAUGAAGGAUACAAAUCAUAUAAAAGACCUCCCAGGCAUGAUUAACAUUGAUAGAACUAUGAAUUUGAUGAAUAAUAUAAACCAAAUAAAUAAUAUAAAUAUGUUAAAUAAUAACAUUAAUAUAGCAAAUAACAUGUUCAACUCCUCUGCAGAUAUGACGAUGAUGAACAGUACCACCAGUGGUAAUAACAAUAGCAAUAAAAAUAGACAUAUGAGUCCGAAUUUGACAGAGUCUCUAUCAAAAAAUUUUAAAAAUUUGGACAUUGGUUAUAAAUCUCUUAACAAAAAUGGUAUUCAUAGCGAAAUGAUACUAAAAAACAGUACUAAUAAUAGUAAUUAUAAUAAUCAUAUUAGCCAUAGUAAUAGUAACGGCAUUGGCAACAAUAACGGUAACAGUAAUAGUAGUACCAAUGCGCAGAGGAGAUUAUCGGGAAGUAACAAUACCAGGGAAAAUCAGCCCAUUUCCGUUUUUAAUUAUAUGCAUAAUGAACCCAAUUAUAAUCUCAUGUAUGCAAAAAAUAACCACAUCCUAAAUAGCAUGGAAAUGUAUUCAGUCGACAAUGGCAUUUAUGUCAACAGUAAUAGUAACAGCAAUAAUAACAGCAUUAAUAGUGUGGUAUAUAAUAAAGGUAUAGACUUCCCGCCACACACACUAAACGAUUAUUUGUACAGUAAAAAUAGUAUUAAUGAUAGCAGUGAAGAUUUAUUAAUGAAUGAUUUAAAAGUUGUUAAAAAGAAAGAGAGAAUGAACGAGAUAGAAUUUAAGCCUAGUUCCUUUAAGAAUGCAGACUAUGCUCUAAACAAAAAUAUAAUGUCGUUUAAUAAUAAAAAUGAGCAAUGUUAUAAAAAUGUAGAUAUGAAAAAUGGAAAAAUAGGAUCCAAAAAUGAUAUUUAUGACAAUGUAAAUAAAGACUCGUACGCCUCUUCAUCUUCGAGUAAUUUAAAUUUGAAGAAUGGUUAUAUAGACGCAGUUAGUUUAAAAAAUAUGUCUCUUAACAGUUUAGAAAAAUUAAAGGCGAUGGAGCUUAAUAAUUUCACGAGCAACGUCAGUGGAAGGAGCAUCAGUAAUAGUAAGAGCAAUGCAAUUGGAAGCGGUAUGAACAACGGAAUGAACAACGGAAUGAACAACGGAAUGAACAACGGAAUGAACAAUGGAAUGAACAACGGAAUGAAUAGCGGAUUGAACAGUGGAAGCAACAGGAAUGAAGUGUCUCCUGCAUAUCUACCAGGAAGCAACGGGAAUAUGAAUGUGAAAAGCCAAACCACUUCAUACCAAGGAAACCUUAACAGCAGCAAAUUCAACGAAAUGUUGAACGAAGAAAUUUUAGUUAUAUUGAAAAAAAAUUUAAUACUAUCACCUAAUAUUAUUAGCGUACUUAAGCUAAACCCAAAGUUUAAGGCAUUAAUUUUUCUCGCGUUCGAUUCAGCAAUAAAAGAAAUAAUUUCUUCAAUUGUUGAUAGAUUUGUAUUAAUUGGAUGUAUAACAACAAAAGAAUUAAUUAAAAAGGAUUUUGCCAAUGAAUCAAAAGAAGCUAUUAUACAUAAGGCAUCUUUACUAAUGGCCACUAGCGUAUCAUCAUCUCUUGUUUUAGUGUCUUGUAAAAAACCACUGAAAAAUAUUUUGAUUCAAAAGUUAAGUAAUGUAAUUGAGGAAAAUUUCACAGAACAACAGAACAGCUCAAUUGUAGAUGAUAUUAUAAAAACAUUAAUUAAUGAUAAUAUUAAUAUAAUUUAUUUAAUUAUAGAACAGGUAGCUAUUGAAAAGUCGUCCAUUGAAAUUGAAGAAAUUAUGAAGCCAUUUUACACUUCUAGAAAAUAUGCACGUAUUCAUAAAUUAAAUAUAAAAGAAAAUGCAACAAACAAAUAUUAUAAUGCUCUACCAGCAUUUUUAAAAGCGCAUAAUUUGACAUUAAAACAUAUUCAAGUAUAUAAAAAUUUUAUGAAUUUAAAAAUUUUUAAAAACUUACAACACAAAUUAUUCUCAAUUAAUUCAAUGGAUCAAGAUUAUUUCCUAAAUGAAAGUGAGAACAUAGGAUUUAAUUAUGCAAUUAACAAGAAUAAUGAGAACAUACUAAAUGACAGUUCUUCACACAUGUCUUACUGUAAUAACAAGAAAUUUAUCGCAAAUCCUUUGGAUGCAAGAGAUGCAGAAAUGAUUGAUUACAACAAAGAACAGGAAAGCGAUUAUAUGGAAGCAUUAGCCAAAAUGAGUAGAAGAGAGGAAUCGAAGGGGGACAAUGAAAAAGCGAACAGAUGUAUGGAGGAAAAAUACUACAAUGAUAAUAGUUUAGACGACGACGAUAACACAAACAGCAAUAGUUUAUCUCAUCAGAAAAGUUUAUCUAACAUAAAUUAUGCAAACAGUGCUGUUAAGUUCAUUCCUUGCAAAAAUAAUAACAUGAAAGAUAAUGCAAAUUUUCACUUAGGUAAUAUGAAUAGUAAUAAUAAUAAUAAUAAUAUAAGUGUUAAUACUAAUGCUAAUAUUAAUGUUAAUAAUGUGAAUUAUAUGAAUAACUUAAAUUUAUAUAACUCUUCUAAUAAUGCUUAUUAUAUAUAUAAAAAUCCCAAUAAUUAUUAUAACUGCAAUAAUUAUAAUAAUAAUUUUAAUACAAAUAAUAGGUAUGUGAACAUAGAUAUUAUGAACAACUCUGGUAGUGCUCAGGUGCAUAGCUAUGAAGGAAUUUAUGCUCAUUCUGCUAAUAAUUUUAGUGAAAUCGAAGCCGUCGGAAAUCUGGGAAUAGUUAAGAAUUUCGAGGGAAGGAGUGCUAUGGACGAUGCCCCUGCAAGUAAUGGUCCUUUAGAUUCAUUUUCAGUUUCAGUAAGUAACAAUGGUAGUUACGUAGACAAGUCAUCCAACAGCAGCAGUAACAUGAAUGGUAAUAUAAGUGUGUACACCCAUCAAGAUUCUUUUAAUAACUGUGUAAGCAGUGAAAAUGCAUUAAAUAACAAUACAGGGAGUUCCAUUAAUAGUAGUUUCAUGAGAAAUAUGAAGUUUUUCAAUGCGAAAACGAGUGUUAAAAAUGCCACGUUUAAUCUUGAACACAGCAAUAAUAAAAUGUCCGCAUGUAACAGUUUUGUUGAUAACAUUUCAGGUUAUAACAGUUUUACCAAAAAGGACUCGGCCGUUUGUAGAAAUAUGAUGAAUAUUGAUAACCGAGUCGCUGGGAAUGGUUCCUUAAGUAAGUCAACGAUAAGUGAUGUUAUCCCUAGCAGCAGCGGGUGUGAUAAAAAUAUGUACAUGAUGAUGAAUGUGGAAGCAGAAAAGAGUAAUAAUGGUAGUAGUACCAACGUGAAUAUUAGUAACAGUAAUAGUAACAAUUAUAGGAGUAAAAGCCGUAACAGUAUAAGUAGUAGGAACUACAGUAACAACAUGUGUGGUGGUGAUAGAGACAAUAACGUAAAGAGCAAAGAACCCAAUAGCGGAACGACCAGUAAUGUGGAGCAUAGCGAACAUUUUAGCAUAAAGUUGAAGAAAAUUAAAGAUAUAGAUUUAUCGUGUAAAAAAAAAUUUCUCUUUUUCAUAUCUGAAAUAUUUAUAAAAGAAAAUAUGAAAAAAAUAAAUAUAAAAGAGAUUAUAUCUAUUUUUGAAUUCUGUAUGGUGAGCAUUAAAGAAUAUGCAAAAUAUCUUGUUACAUUUCCACCAAUAAUUCCCACGGUAAAUACUUUUAAUGACUAUUGCAAUAUUAAAACACCAUUUUUUAAAUUUGAAAAAAUGUCAUAUACUGAUGUUCCUUCUCUUUUGUUAAUAUCAUGUUUAUCAACGAACCAUGAAAUUUUCGUAUUUUGUAAAAUUAUUUUUCAUAUAUGUGAAAAUUCAGGAAAUAAAAAUGAGACUUACAAAAUUAUAGGUACAAAAUUAUAUAAAUAUAUACAGGAGAACAUAAAGGAAAAUAAUAUAAAUUAUACUUCACAUUGUUAUAGCAAAAAUGAGGAUAUAAUAGGGAUUGUAAUUAAAGAGCAAAAGACUGUUGACGAGAAUGGAGGUAUUGUACGUCCCAACAACGGUAGUAAUAACAAAGUUCCAUAUCGGACCGAAGAAAGUGACUGCAACAUAUCUAGUGGUUAUAGCAUGAAUAGUAGUGGUAUUAACGAAGCAAAUAUCCUUUUAGAAAUUCAAUUAUGUAUAUUAGAUUUGUUAUGUAGAAAGAGCAGAGAAUUAAAAAAGUUAAUAACUUCGUACGUAUUAAACUGUUCUUGUCACAAUGUAGGCCAUAUUUCUUUAUUUAUUCGUUAUAAUAUUAUAUAUUAUAAAAAUUUAGAUAAGAAAUUGGCAAAGUAUCUAAGAAAUAAUAUUACUACAACUCACAUGAAGAUUAUUCAUUUUUGUAGUGAAUUAAUUUUUAAUUUAAUAAUCAUAAAGAAAUAUUUAAAACCUGAACAUUUAAAAAAGACUAUUAAAAAAUUAAUGAAAAUUUAUAAAUUAUUAUCAAGUGAAAAUAAAUGUAUGGCCAUUCCUCAUAUAGAAAAUAUGCAAUUAAAAAAUAGUAAAGAUAAAUUAACCGAAAUGUUUAGAGAAAUUAGGAAAAUGAAAAAGAAUAAAAAAAGUAUGGAAGAAAAAGGAUCCAUUAGAGUGUUAAGAACGUUGACCGAUUAUUUAGGUAUAUCCAAAAAAUGGUGUAAUCAAAUGGGGGAAAAAAAAAGAAAAAAAAAAAAAAAAGGAAAAAAAAUCGAAAAGGUAAUGGAGGAAGAAAAGGAAGAAAAAAAAAAAGAAAAAGAUAAGGAAAAAAAAAAAGGAAAAAGCAUGAAACAAGCUACACAAGAUGAAAAGGAUAAAGCGGCGAAUUCGGAUGAACAUGAAAUAGAAGGAAACAAUAACAUCAACGAAAAGGAAGACAAUGGUAGGGGAAAAAAAAAUGCGCGUAAUGAAAAAAAAAGUAAAGGAGUAACAGAAGAGAAUAAGGAAAAAGAAGAGCACGACAAAAAUACAUCUGAAAUGAAUAGAACAAAACAUAAGUAUUAUCCCCCAUUGGUGGAGCGAGAUAACGAACUGUGCAAAAAUUCUGAGGAGCUCCCACAAAACGGCUUCCAUAGUAGCAGUAAUAAACAUUUGAACAUGCUGUCAUUAGGUUCAGUUGUGCAUAACUACAGUAAAAAUAGUAUAAACAAUAAAGAUAGUAUGAAUAAUGAACCAUUUUUAUUAAAUAAUGUAAAAAUUCAGUAUAACCACAAUAAUGUAGAUGAAUGUACCAUGUUUUUACUGGAAAAGAUGAGCUAUGAAAAUAAGGCAUUCAACACAGAAGAAAUUAUAGAGAAGAAAGUUAUUGGCAGAAAUAGUGAUAAAGAAUAUAAAGAAAAUAAUAGCGAAAUUAUGAAAUUAAAUGUAUCAAAUAUGAAUAAUGAUAAUAAAGUACAAUAUUGCAACAAUCAUUUAAUAGACGUUUCUGUAAAAAAUGAAAAUUUAAUUACAAUGAACGAAGGAACUAAUAAUCUCAGUACCGUAUUUAAUGAAGAAAAUAAAGAACUUCACAAUAAUAGUAUAUAUGAUAGUGAUCAUUUGAGCCAUUCCUUAAUAUUCUCAAACGAAUCAAAUAACGAUGACACAUCGUCUGAUUAUUCUUCAUCCUUUUCGUUAAAAUCGUAUUCAACAUGUAACGGAAAAGAAAACGAGAUUGUAUUACAGUCCUCAUUUUCAACUGAUUCAUGUUCAACCAUUUCGAAUGUAUCAACUAUAAGCACUAUAUCAUCUAAAUAUGAUUCGAUCGAACCAGAAUUACAAAACGAAAUAAAACGAAAAAUAUCAGAUAACUAUAAGAACAAUGUACUAAACAAUAUAUUAGGUCUGCAAGAGGUAAAUGAAACGAAUAAAAAGUACCUAAAUAAAAAAACAUACUACGUGAUGGAUAUAUUUAACGAAGAUCCUAUAAAAUGUAAAUAUUUACCUUCUCCUCCAGUAGUAGAUGAAGAAAAGGGAGUAAUUAUUGCUUGUUUAUUUGCUGAAUGGUAUUUUAUAUAUAAAAAUUAUUUAAAUAUAUUAAAAAUGAGUAUAUCAAAUGAUAUGCAGGAAAUUAUAAAACAGCAACAUAGGUUAAAAUGUGUAAAAUUUUUUCAGAAAUUAUCAAAUCUGGGAUUUUUAAAGAUGGAUGAAGUUAGUGACCAAUUUUUUUCUCAUUCCAUUAAUAUAUCAGUUAGUAUUGCUCUGUAUAAUUUAGAAAGGGAUACUAUUGUUUGUAAUGAAUUAGUAACGGGACGAAAAAUGGGUGAACAAAAAAGCGAUAAAGGGAUUGAAGUAGAAGAGGAAGGGGGAGGAAAAGAUUUAAAAAGUAAGAAAGAGGAUAAACAAUUUAAUGACGAACAGAUAGAAAUAAGUAAUAAAGUGAACAAUUUUGAAAAGAAGAAUUAUGAAGGAAGGAAAGGAUUGGAAGAAAAUUUAGGAAAAAAUGGAUUAGUCGAGGAAGGGCAAAACAAACAAGAAAUGGAAAAAGGGGGUGAGUGUACUCCGAAUGAGUCAGAUAAGGUACAAAAAGAGGAAGAGCAUAGUGAGAAGGAAAAAAUAAACAAUGAAAUUGUAAAAUAUAAAAAUGAUGUGGAUCUAAAGGAAACACAAAGUACUAGAGAAUUAUUAAAUUAUAACUAUAUUGAUUCAUGGUCUAAAAUGAUUGUAACAAUGCUGACAUUAGUACAUAUAGAACAGGUGUCACCAGUAUUCCUAUUGCAAAAAGUUUUAAAUGUAAUAUGCAGAGUUAUACAUAAACGAUGUGAAAUUGAAAGGAAGAAAUUUAACCAAAGACCUUAUUUCAGAUUAUUACACUGCUUAUUAAUUGAUAUUAAUGAGGGAUGUAUGCAUUCAAGUGACAUCUUAAUACAUUUAAAUUGUUUUGCAAAAUGUUUUGCUUUGUUAUCACCACUAAGAACUCCUGCAUUUUGUUUUUCAUGGUUGGAACUAAUAUCAUCAAAGUGUUUUAUGCCAAAAUUAUUAUCAAAUAUUUGUGGAUGGGGAACAUACAAAAAGUUAUUAAUUGCACUUUUUACUUUUUUGAAAUUUUUUUUAAAAAAAUUACAAAUAUCUAAAGCAAUAGAAACACUUUAUUUAGGUACUGUAAGAAUACUUCUUGUAUUAUUACAUGAUUUUCCUGAAUUUUUAUGUAGUUAUUAUGUUACUUUCUGUAGUCUGUUUCCUAUUAAUUGUAUUCAAUUACGAAAUCUCGUUCUAUCUGCAUUUCCAAGAAAUAUCAAAUUACCUGACCCGUUCAUGUCAGAUGUAAAAAUUGAUUUAUUACAAGAAAUUAAGUUAGUGCCAAAAAUUUUGACAAAUAUUGUAAUUCCUCUUUUUAAAAAUAAUUUAAAAUCUUUAAUUGAUGAAUAUUUUAAUAAAAAGGAUUUUUCGUUACUGUUUCAUAUUCAAGAGAAAUUAUUUUUACCAAAAAAUAAAAUUUAUCAGACCUUUGUUAAAUAUGAUAUAGAUAUUAUAAAUUCGUUGACCUUGUAUGUAGGAACAUGUAUAUGCAAAGCUAAGGUAAAUAACUUAUUUAAGUUUAAUAAUAAUUGUGAUCCUGUAUUGUUAAUGAAAUACCAAGAAGAUUGUCUUGAUGAUGUAAAAGAUAUUUUACAAGAAAUUGUUCUAACUAGUGAGUCAAACAUUUUAAAAAAAAAAAAAAACAUAAUUUCACUAAAUGCUGGACAAGAUAAAAUUGAAAAAGAUAAUAACAAAAACGCGGAUCUGAAUUUAUCCAAAAAAUAUGUAGAACUUAUGCAAGAAAAUAAUGAUGAAAAAAGUAAGGGAGGAGGAAAUGCAUCAUCAUUCUUAUAUCUAAGCACAGAUAAUAGUGCAUUAUUGAAGGAGUGCACAAAUAUUAAUAAUGAUGAUAAUAGUGUAAAUAAUGAUGAUGAUGAUAAUAAUAGGAAUAAUAACAAUGAUAGUGGUAGUACCACUACUAAGUGUAAUAACAACGAACAUAAUAUUAGUAAAGACAACUCUAGGAUAGUUACAAUUGUUAAAAACAACCUAGCGUAUACAUUAUUUUUAUUCUUAUCAAAAAAGAUGGAUAUGGAAGGCAGAUAUUUAUUAUUAUCAAAUAUAGUUAACCACAUUAGAUAUCCAAAUUCGCAUACCCAUUACUUUUCUUGUCUUAUUUUAUUUUUAUUUUCUCAAUCAAAUGAUGUACUUAUUCAAGAACAGAUAAUUCGAGUUUUACUGGAACGAAUUUUGGCUCAUAGGCCUCACCCUUGGGGAUUAUUAAUAACGUUUAUUGAAUUAAUUAAAAAUGCAAAGUUCCAUUUUUGGGAAUGCCCAUUUGUACAUGCUGCAACAGAGAUAAAAAAAUUGUUCCAGUCGGUUGCCCAAGCAUGCGUAGGGCAUGUUUAA